UAUAAGUUGGUUACUAGACUGCUCGCAGUUAUUCGUGUUGGAGUAGUCGGUGACAGAGAGGAAGUUGUUCUGUUAUCGUAAUACCGGUUUGGAAGCGGUUCAAGCCGUCAAAUAUGUCAGGGCGUAAAAUACGGAGCUUCGAGACGCUGAUUCUCACCGUCUUCGUCAUUGGGAUUGUUUUGCCCUCGUCCACAGAGGGAUUCUUCUCUUACAACCCCUUUCGAAGAGCCGCGACUCUCUUCGAUGGACAUGAUUUCUGGUCUCAGUUCCGGCAAGGAUUCAAGCAGCUUGAAGACGCAGCUGAAGAAGAGGCUCAGAAAUUGGAGAGCACCAUCAGCCAUACAGGGAACCAAAAGAAAGACGAAAGUAGCAGUACGGAACUCCUGGAUCCGAUGGGCAGUUCUGACAUCGGCUUCUCAGGGGGGCUCCUCAGCAACUUGUUUGGCAGCAUGGGUGCUGGCUUUGCGAUGGCCAGACAGCCAUGGUGGAAGGGGCCUAAUGUGUGUGUGGAACGUGAGGAGAUAGAUGAAAGCCAGCAUCUCAACCACACAGAUGAAACUUCUGGUACAAACGGCGACGAUGAAGAAGGCGGUCUGUUCGGCUCUUUCCAAUUCUCCAGCUGCCAGCAAACAGAUGUAAAAUAUACAUGUACGACUAAGAUUCGCAACCAUGGAAUUCGCAAGACUUUCGUUGUGAAAUACCAAUGCUGUCAUGGCUUUAGACGAGUUGAAGAGAAACCAGGCUGCUCAGAGGUACACUUGAAGAGUCUACUGGAAACUGCAGCUGAUGUUGGAGCAAAGGAUUUUGUGCAGCUUGUACACACUUCUGGUCUGGAAGAGAAGACAGCUGCCAGCAAUUUGACACUCUUUGUUCCAUCUGAUGAUGCUGUUCGUGAUUUCACUGAUAGUUUGCAGGAGGCAAAUCAGGUGGAGUUCUACGUUCCGCCCGCAUUUGCUCGCAGACGACGUGAAACUGGUAUGGAGGGUACCAGUAUGCGGGACAUUGUUCUGGGCCACAUGGUUCCAGGUCUCUAUGACAUGAGCGAGCUUGUAAAUGAACAGGUUUUGUACAGCGACAAUGCAAACAGCUCUGUAAGAGUGAACUUUUACCAUGCUCCUGGUGAAAGACUGAUGACGGCAAACUGUGCGAGACUCACAUCUGUAAAUAACUAUGCAACCAAUGGCAUUGUACAUGUUGUGGACCGAAUGAUCCGCCCCGUUACUAAAACUCUUGCUCAGCUCCUCGCACAAGACAGCCAGUUCUCCGUUUUCAUCUCCUUACUUUCAAAGAGUGGCCUGCUUCAGACACUGAAGGAACCUGGUCAUGUGACCAUCUUUGCUCCAACUGAUUCUGCAUUUGAGAAGCUGGAUCCGACAGUGCGUUCCAGACUACUGGAUGGAGAGGCAUGUGUUGGAAAUGUUCUUCGACACCACCUGAUACAACAUUCUGUGUGCUCUGCUGCGAUCCAGACUCGUCUGAUGACGGUCAAUAUGGAUGGUGAUACUUUGAGUCUUGAAAGAAGACCAGAUGAUGGCAAACUCUUUGUCUCUGGCGUACAGAUUGUUGCCAAAGACGUAGUUGGUACUAAUGGAAUUAUCCAUGUCAUUGAUGACAUCAUUAUGCCAGACUCUGCUCGUCCAGUCACUGGAGUGUUGGCUAGUCACAACCUCACUACAUUCUUGUCACUUCUGCGUGAGGCAGGAUUGGCCGAAUCACUUGAUUCAAUGAAGAAUGUUACAUUGUUUGCCCCAACCGAUGAAGCCCUUGCAAGACCUGAAUCAGUUUCUGAGCUGGAGAAGCUUAGAACAGACAAGGACAGACUUCGUGACUUACUGCUGUACCACACAACAGGGCCUGAGGUGCAGUUGUGUGACUUUUCAAACGAUAAGGAACUCAAAAGUGGCCUUGCAGACCAGUCUAUUCGUAUCAAUCUUUAUGCUACGUUACCAUUCUUUACUGGUGCAGUUACAAGAGCAACUGCCCAAUGUGCACGGGUAAUAAACUUCGACAAUCGGGCAUGUGGAGGAGUUGUCCAUGAGGUAGACAAGUUACUAAUGCCACCUACUGGUUCAAUCCUGGAACUUAUUGAGAAGGGAGACAACUAUACUCUGCUCAGGAAAAUUAUUAAGGGAACUGGGCUGGAGGACGAUUUGAGUGGAGAUGGUCCAUUCACAUUCCUUGCCCCAACAGACUCUGCUUUCUAUAAGCUUGAAGAAGAGGAUCUUAAGACUAUUACUGAAGACAAACACCUGGCCGCAAGAGUUCUGCGUCAGCACCUUCUUCCAGAGGCCCUUUGCUGUACGGGUGUGAGUGCCACCUCCUGGCCGUUUACCAAUCGCGUCGAGACGCUCGGUGGAAGGUCCGUAGCUGUUCGAAGAGAUCAUGAGGGGCGAGUCCAUAUUGGCAGUGCUAUGGUUCAAGAUUGUGAUAUUCCAGCCACCAAUGGCAUUAUUCAUUCUGUCAACAGGGUUAUGGUACCACAUGGUAACAAGCACAAUGGAUCACUCCAGAAAUUUGGGAAUCCCAAUGUUGAAGUUUUCCUGUAUGGACUGUAAGGUUUCUUUAAUCUUUUUAAAAGCUUUUUAGAUACCAUUAUAUGUUCACUGUUAUCAGACAUUUGUCAUGUUACAAAUACUUGUUGUUUGCUUUUAAUGACUGAAAAUCUAAUCCAGUAACAGACACAAUUUAUGUUCUAAACUAUGUUUGUAUUUAAGAUUCUUAGUAAGUAUUCUGAAGAAAUUUUUAAUUUAAAUUCUGAGCAGGUAUUUAAUAAAUUAUCAACUUUAGUGUGGUAGUCAAAUACUGCAUGCUUAUUGUCAGAUUUAUGUUUAUAUCAUGUUUAUAAUAGAGCAGGUGUGCCUGACUGUAAUGCUGUAUGAAAACAUUGCAUAGAUCAGCUGGGAUUUUUUUAAAUGUCGGUCUUAUUAUGAUUGUAAGAAUGACUAUACAACCAAAGGAUAAAAAUGAAAUGUUCUUUUUAUGAAAAUUGAUAGGGUAGAAACUGGGGAGGGGGGAUAAUUAAUUUAUGUUUACUGCAGUCGGACUGAGACAGACAACUUGGUUACCGCACAACAUCUUUAUGUAUAAUUGUAUGCUAUGCAGACACUUUCUUAGUGGAUCAAUAGCAGUAAGUAAUAAAUAUAUAAAUACUUUAUAUUAUUUGUUGACAUGUCUUUGAAAGUUACACAGAACAUGUUGUACAGAGCCAGUGUUUGACAAUUUACUGAAAAGUAUUGUACAAGCAAGUGAUGGUACCAAUAAAAGCAUAUUUUGUCUUAGUGUA